AUGGAGCAGAUCAACGACUACCUCUUCAGGUAUAAAAGCUAUAUCUUUGUCAAGAGUAUGACAACUACUGAGCACAUUGAUUCACUGCAGAGCUUUGAAAUACAAGACAGUGACAUAUUCCUUGUCACUUAUCCAAAGUCAGGAACUAUAUGGGCUCAGCAGAUCAUCAUCUCCAUCUGUGAGUUAGGUGGAGGUCUCAAUGAAUAUCCAAACAACUUGGAGCAGAUGCCUUGGCUGGAGUACACAGAGGGUCGUGAAGAUUACUCUCUGCGACCGUCUCCCUGUCUCUUCUCCUCUCACCUCACCCCAGCUCUCAUGCCUUUGGGACUGAAGGCGAAGAUGGCAAAGUAUGCGAUGCAUAAUCCAAAGGACAACAUCAUCUCUUAUUACCAGUUCUGCAGUGUCUGCUCUGACGUGGAAACUCCGACGAGCUUUGAACAGUUUUUGGAGCAGUAUUUGACGGGCAAUGGCUCGUCCUGGUUUGACCACAUCAGAAAGUGGCAUUCAAAGAAAGACCAGUACAACAUCCGCUUCCUGACCUAUGAGGACAUGAUCUUGGACCUGAAGGCAGCAGUAACUAAGAUCUGCAGUUUCUUAGGAAAAAACCUCAGUGAAGCAGACGUUGAGCAAGUUGUAGAAAAAGCCACAUUUAAAACAAUGAAGAAAGACCAAAAAGCCAACUAUGAGUUUGUAUCAAAAGAUAUGAUCAGUGGAAACUUCAUGCGCAAAGGUCAGAUUGAUGACUGGAAGAACAUCUUUACUGUUGCCCAGAGUCAAAGAGUUGAUCAGCUGCUUCAGGAGAAAAUCAGUGAUCGGUCUCUGAAGUUCAUCUGGGAAUAAUCAAAGCAGCAGCAUCAACUCUAAGGUGUUUGUUCUUUGUCCUACAAAUCUAAGACUCCAAAAUUCAUUUUUUGCUGUCGU